AUGGGUGGGGACCAUGCACCGGAUGCGGUGUUGCGUGGUUGUAUCGAAGCACUCCCUGUGAUGGGUGAUGAUGUCACGCUUGUGCUGAUCGGACCACAGGAUCGCAUCGAGCAGUAUCUCAAAGAAAACAACAUUGAUGACGAUCGUCUUGUGAUCGAGCACACGACGGACGCGAUCGCGAUGGAUGCGUCUCCGAUGGAAGCGGUGCGCAACCAGAAGGACUCGUCGAUUGUCCGCAUGUCGAUGCUCGGAUCGAAGAAGGCGGAUGUUCGUUGUGAUGCCGUGAUCUCUGCGGGCAACACCGGCGCGUGCGUCGCAGCGGGGCAGAUGAACAUGCGUCGUCUUCCUGGCGUGCAUCGUCCAGGGAUCGCGGUGACGAUCCCGUCGUUCCAUGGACCGGUCACACUGUGUGACGCGGGAGCGAAUCCUGAACCACGCGCGACCCACCUCUGGCAGUACGGCUUGAUGGCUGAGGUUUACGCGAACAAGAUCCAUGGUGUCGAGUCUCCUCGUGUCGGCGUGAUGAACAUCGGAUCGGAAGAAUCCAAGGGGUCGGGACUCGCAAAGGGAGCCGCGGAACUGUUGCGGAACUCUCCGGGCAUCAAUUUCGUGGGAUUUGUGGAGGGUCGAGACUUUUUCGCGGGCAAAGCGGAUGUCAUCGUGACGGACGGCUUCCUCGGAAACACGCUGCUCAAGAUGGCUGAAGGUAUGGCGAAGAGCUUGUUCCAAGCGAUCGCGACGGAGAUCUACGAGCAGGACCCUCAGCUGGCGCUCAAGUUUGAGCCGGUCGUCAAGACCAUCUAUGCGAAGAACGAUUACCACGAGCACGGCGGGGCGCCGCUUCUUGGAGUCAAUGGCGUGAUGAUGAUCGCGCACGGCUCGUCUGAGCCUCGUACAAUCAAGAACGCGAUUCUCAAGACUGUUGAGUAUGUCAAUGGUCACAUCAAUGACGCGAUCGUUGAGCGUCUGGCGCAAGCAGAACGAGCGCUUCAAGGCGAGCCUGCCUAA